AUGCCCAUCUUCAAAAACCUUCCAGUGCGCCUGAAAGGCUGCGGCGGUCCGACUCUAGAAAACGCUUUGAUCCUGCGCAGGAUGAGCCUCAACAUCACCCCCCACCAUCACCACCACAACCCCUUCGACAAUGACGACGACCGCAACGGCGGCGGCCACGGCGACCACUGGUCGCCCGGCAGCUCGCUGCUCGACGGCGACGUGCCGAGGGACCGCAACCCGUUCGAGGACGAGGAGGACGAGAACGAGGCCAACGAGGGGAAAAAGGGAAGCGGAGGCGGAGGUUCGGUGAAGGGAUCGUUCAAGUUCAAGUCCCCGCUGAAGACUCUGGGGAAGCUGGGGAAGAACCUGAGGCUGUCGGGGAGGACCAAAGGAAGUGCAACGCCCUCGCCGCAGGGGUCGCUGCAAGGAACGCCGUCACCUGCAGAGAAGAAGAAGAGGGGGAGGAGGAGCUCUGAAGGAAGUCUGCUGAGGUUUGCGGGUAAAUACCGCGACACCCUCGGCUCCCGUAAGGAGUCGCUCAUCAACGGCGAGCUGAACGGCUCGGAGAGCGAGUGCGACUCCACCAGCCGGCGCCUGUCCUUCAUGAAGAUGGUGGGCCUGGGGAAGCUGAAGAGGGAGUCCAUGAACGACCACUCGUCCCAGGGCCCCGAGGAGCAGCCGGUAGAGGAGGAGGCGGUGGAGGAGGUCAAACCCAGAGAGCCACUGUCAGUCCUGGAGAUCCUGCAGCUGGUGAAGAAGCGAGACCUCCUGCUGGCCGACACUCACAUCCUGGAGCUGGAGCAGGAGUGUAACGAGUCCUCCGCCGCCGAGCGGGGCGCCGCGCCGCAGCCGGAGGACGCCACCAGCCCCGGCGUCAAAGACGGCGGGCGGAGGAAGGCGAAGGACGUGGAGCUGCUGUACGAGGAGCUGCAGAAGGAGCUGUGGGCCGUCGUCAGGGAGUCUCUGCGCUCCCCGACGGCCGGGCCCAACCUGGGCCUGGUGGUGCAGGUGCUGCAGCAGGAGGAGCAGGCGGAUAAAGACUGGGCCCUCAGCGAGGCGGCGGCCCCCGGGGGCCCGAGGCCUCGCCGUCUGAAGCAGAGGUGGAGGGAGGCGGUGGAGGAGGCGGCCGACAGCUCUCUGCCUCAGAGGGCCGAGUUCACGGCUGGAGAGCUGGUCGGGUACCUGGACCGGCUCCGAGCCCGCGUGGUGGAGGACCUGGGCGCCGCCAAGAGGAACGUGGUGUCCAUCUACCCCGAAGAGUACACGCCCUUCCAGGUGUACGUGCAGAGCUACCACCAGGCGGUUGCUAGGCGACUGGAGGCCAUCACUGACAACCAGCUAGAGAUCACUGACAUCUACUCGUUGCUGGACUGGCUGCACAACAUCUACAACAGAGACGUUCUGGGGACGGUGUGUAUCACGAGUCCUUUCAGCCGCUCUCAGCUGAGUCCUCUGCUGCCUUCAGAGACGGUGGACCGACUGGAGCUGGACUGUCUCAACUCUGUCAGGGCCAAAGUGACCACGGAGCUGAGCCAGGUCCUGGACGAGGAGGAGAAACGAUGGAUGGAGACGCUGCACAUCGAGGAGUAUCAGAUCACUCUGGCCAAGACCGUCAUACAGAGGCUGCAGGUGGAUCUGGAGCGGUCUGCCUCCAUCAACAGGAGUCUGGGCUCCAGAGUGGCUCAGUGCAGCCUCAACGGCCUCGCUGACUUCCUGUACAGUUUCCAGCGUAAAGUUGAGAUGUUCCACGAAGGGAUGCAGAGCGGCAUGUUUGGAGACAACGAUGACGGAUACGUGUCCAAAACCAUCGCUCUGGUCAACUGCUGCCCUCCGUUCAGAGGGUUCGUGCAGCGCUGUGCUCAGUGUGAUCCGUCGGUCAGCGAGGACUCUCUGCGGCGAGCCAACAAAGCUCUGGAUCACAUCGUUCAGCAGGGCGUCAGGGUGCUGUCUGAACGCCUCUACGUGCACAUCAGGCCGUUCUUUGAGCGUCUGGUGAAGAGGAAGUGGUUGAGUAACUCGGAGCCGUACGAGCAGAUUGAAGCUCUCAUCAAAGAACACUUCAAGAAGUACCACAGGAUGGACAGUCCUCCGUACCAGCUGCUGGUGGCGGAGGUCCACCGCCGGGUGGUGAUGGAGUACCUCCGCUCGGUGAUGAGAGGACGAAUCAUCUGCACCUCCAUGAAGAUGAGGAAGAGGAUGGCCGGCCGGCUCCGAGACGAAGGCAGACAGAUCAAAGUCCUCUUCAAAGACCUGGAGUCUCCGUCCAGCUGGUUGGACGGCGCUCUGUCUCACAUCUCAGAGAUCAUCCAGCUGGAGGACGUCCCCUCCAUCCAGAUGGAGGUCGGAGUUCUGGUCCGAGAGUUUCCAGACGUCAGGAAGAAGCACGUGUCGGCCAUCUUGAACAUCCGUGGGAUGACUCGGCAGGCGGAGCGCCAGGAGAUCCUCAACAUCGUCAAAGACAUCGAGAGCAGCGACGCCGGCGGUGGCGGUGGCAGCGGCAGCGGCAGCGGCGUCACCUCGGCCCGGCUGACCCGGGACCGCGCCCUCUUCUCCGAGGUUCCCGUCACCUCCGAGGUCCACUGCCUGAAUGUGGGCCUGAGCCGCAUCGCCCUCACCGCCUCGUCCUGCUUGUCCACGCUGCGGCCGCGCCCGCGCAAAACCAGGACGCCCGUCCAGGAAAACCCCGACGAUGUUCUCUGAAGCGCCGGCGCCACCGGAGCGGCUGUUUGAGUCACAGCGAGCCGUGAGACGUGAGAUCCACCAGAGACGUGUCUUUUCUCUCCGGAGACGUUGAGACGAACAUCAGAUCAACGUUUAAUCAUUUCAGUUUCAUUAAAAACUGUGUGAACGUUUGACUUCCUGCGAGGAGACGACAGACGUCCCUGGUGGACGAAGAGCAGCCCUGAUUAGAGGACGGAGGAUGAGUGGAUUAUUAUUAAUCAGUUAAUUAUAAUCACAACAAACUCUUAACUUCACCUCCAGCUGAGAAAAGAUUCAACUCUCUUUACUGAAACAAAUCGAUUUGAAAUCAGAAAAAUCUGUUAAAUAUAAAAAUGCACUCUACGGAAGCCCUGACAGGCACAAAAAAACAACAGAUCUGGUGAUCCAUUUUAUUAAUUUAUUUACACUAUGGUUAUAUAUUGUAUCUGUUUGAUGCACUUAU